AUGACCCGCCUCCCCCUCCCCAUCCCAGCCCCUAUCCCCCAGUCCUACAUCCCCAGAUCCACCCUCCGCACCAUCCCCUCCACCACCCCCAUUGAAUACAUCCUCGCCAUCCUCUCGCGCGACGGCGGCGUCAUCAUCUCCGACUUUAUCCCCAAAGAAGACCUCACUUCUAUCGACACCGAACUCACCCCAUGGACAAGUGCCAAUAAACCAGCCUCGACCUCAGCAACCAACGGCGCCUUCACCACCAUCCCCUCCCAAACAACCCUCAUCCCGGGCCUAGUAGGCAAAUCCCCCACCAUAGCACGGAUCUGCACCGACCAUCCCACCCUCGAGGCCCUGCGCACGCGCAUCCUCGUCGACGAAUGGUGCAUCAACCGCGAAGAGAGCGUCGAGCCGAACCGCCUCGACCCGCUACUCAGCCUCAGCGUGGCGAUGAAUAUCGGGUACGGGGCGCCUCGACAGCUUCUCCAUCGGGACGAUAAUGUGCAUCAUGUGCGGCAUGAGUAUCGUGAGUGGGAGUGGGGGUGGGGUGAAGUAAGUCAGUUUGGGUGUUUGAUUGCCGGGUGUGAUGUUAGUAGGGAGAUGGGGGCAACGAUGUUUGUUAAGGGGAGUCAUCGGUGGGGGGAUGAGAGGUGGGCGGAGGUUGAUCAUGAGAAGGGGGAGGUGUGUUUUGCUGAGAUGAAAGCCGGCUCAGCACUGAUAUUCCUUGCCUCGGCGUACCAUGGGGGAGGACAUAACUCGCUCCCUGGGACGGUGAGGAAUAUGUACGGGUUGUUCUUCUGUAGGGGGCAUUUGCGGACGGAGGAGAAUCAGUUCUUGGCUAUUCCGAGGAGUGUGGUGACCAAGAUGAGUCCCAAGAUGUUGGCGUUGUUGGGGUAUAAGAAGCCGACGACGGCCUUGGGGAUUGUGGAUAAUAUUAGUCCCGAUGAGGAUAUUGAGGGGGUUUGGGAGAGGGUGGUGCAGUGA